AAUAAAUUUGAUUGGUUUGUCAAUUACAACGAUCCCUUUUGUGUUGGGAAAUAGAGGAAAAACCACACAGAAGUGCGUUCCUCUGGGUAUCUACUGCUCCGUCAAUCUCGACAAGAGCACUUUAUCCUUGUUAUAGCCAGUACCAAUUGAUAAUGGUCCCUCAGGCUGGGAAUACCAACACUGAAACAUGCAACCAAAAUGGUUUUUGUUUCACUAGCGUGAUUAUCGUAUUCCCCAAUGUGCUUUUAACUGGUCAUUUGCAACGAGCUGCAGUUGCUGCACCCGACGCCGACUUAGUUAUUGUCAGAUUUUUGCCCAAAAUGGAAGGUCCGCUGAUGCCAAUUGCUAUUGGAAUAAGCCGUGCCAUUGGCUUGUGCAAUCUUCGCUAUAUGCCGGAACUGAAACGUUUUGAGCUGGAUCAUGGGUUCAUGAUGGUUUAUUGGCUGUUCUUAGAUGUAGUGUACCUGCUGCUCACACCCACGACCUUUAUCGUGAUGGUUCAUAGCUUUUUUAGCUGCCAGGAUAUGGACAUGCUGGCUGUGGCCUUUAGCGCAGUGGCUCUGGCCAAAGGCUGCUCGAUGCUGGUGAUGCUGGCCAGCAUUUGGCUGCGACGUCGACGAGUGCAGCGUCUCGGAAAUGGUCUGCUAACGUUGCUGGAGCGAUAUCCCAGAUAUCAUGAUUAUAGCUUUUGGCGGCGACACUUUUGGAAACUCUUCUUGGGCACCGCACGUUUCGUAGUGCUAAUACAUCAGCUGUUUGGACCCGGCAGCGCGCUUAUGUGCGGCGAAGACGAUGAAGUUGUGACAAAAGUGCCGCUCACUUACAUCGUCCUGGCAGUGGCUACUCUGCUGAUGGAACUAAUGCUUAGUUGCACAGACACCUUGAUAUACUUUCUGCUGGCUACCAGCAACCGUCUGCUUGAGUGCAUGUCGCAGGAGCUGUUUGAGCUGGCACAGGAUGUGCACUGGUUACCCCCAUCUCAUGGCUGCCAUCGAAGUGUUUACCAGCGCCAGCUUUUGGCCGCUUGGCGGCGUCUCUGGCGUAGUUGUUUGCGUCUUGAUGGCUUGCUCAAGCAGCUGCUGCAUAUCUUUCAGCUGCAGAUGCUGUUGAAUCUGUUUACCAACUAUCUGAUCGACAUAACUAUUAUAUUCAACCUGGUUAUCUAUUUUGCCGAUGCGGAAUACAUCAGUAAAUGGCGAAUUAUUAUCUAUUUUGUGAUUUGCAUAUCCUACCACUUUGAUAUUAUGAUGCACUUCUCCAUAUUUGGAACCAACCACCUGCAAUGGAUGCACCUCUCAGCUCGCCUACAGAAGCUGUGGUUCGCACUGAAGCCAAUGGAUAUAGAUUGGCAGGAUACUCACGCCAUGGCCAUGUUGCGUCAGGUGGAGUUCGCUGUGAUUUUUCUUAACUGGAAGCAGCAGCGGCGCCCGGAACGCAUGCGUCGUCUUCAAGUUGUCGGCCUAUUCGAAUUGAACAGAUCAUCUUGGAAUUCAAUGAACUCUUCCAUAGCGACUAAUGUGCUCAUACUAUGCCAGAUUGCGUAUAAGAUUUAUUAUUAGAGCAAACCUUUUGUGACCUAUUUCGAAUGCAAAUGUGCCGCAAGCCUAAAAGCUUUAUAAGCUUUCAAAAAACCCAGUUUUAAAGCUUUUUAACAUUAAAUACAACUUUUCGAAGGCAGCAAUUUCCCAGUAUUUAUGUGGAAUAAGAAGCUGCUAAGUUAAUAAUAAGUAUGCUAUAAUUUU